GACUUUAAGGAUGUGGGCGUGGCUCGUCUCUGUCUGGAUGUGCGGAGGCCCUCUGGCCGACAGUAAGUGAUUGUGAAAACGGAGAGGAGAGAAGCAGGAGAAAACCAUGGCAGCUCCAUUCAGAUCACUUGUGGAAGAUUAUCCAAGAUACCUCAAAUCAUUUGAGCUUUUUCUGGAGCGCUCUUCGGAGCACCAGUGCAUGCAGGACUUCAUUCAUAAUACUCUACCAGACAUACUGGCAAGCAUUGGAGGGGGGAGGUCUGUUUUCAAUGUUAUGGGAGUAGGGAGUGGAGCAGGUGAGAUUGAUCUAGAGAUGCUCGCUCAGCUACGCCUGAAACAUCCACAUGUCAAAGUCGACAAUGAAGUGGUGGAACCAAGCAAUGACAUGCUGUACAAAUAUAAAGCUCGGGUGUCAACAACUCCAGACCUUGAUCAUAUUAACUUUCAGUGGAAUAAGAUGACGGCAUCUGAAUUUGAAAAGCACUGGCAAGAGAAAAACCCUGGGAAAAGGAUGGACUUCAUUCACAUGAUACAGAUGCUGUACUACGUCAAAGAUCCAGAGGCCACACUCUCAUUUUUUCGGAGUCUUCUACACAAAGAUGGGAAACUCUUAAUCAUUCUGGUGUCAGGUGAGAGUGGAUGGGGACGAUUAUGGACAACCUUUAAAGAACAACUGUGUAAUACUGAGAUCACCCAGUGUGUUACUACAGGAGAUAUAAAGACCUUCCUAGACGCUAAGGGAAUCCCCUACCAGAACUAUGAGCUUCUGUCCCAGAUGGACAUCACUGAGUGCUUCACUGAGGGAGACCAAGUGGGAGAACUGCUGCUGGAUUUCCUUACCGAAGUCAUAGAGUUCAGUAAGAAUGCUCCUGAAGACCUGAAGAAAAGAGUACUGGACUUACUGAGACAUCCUGACUGCAGUAAAGAGGUGGAUGGCAGGAUCAUAUUCAACAAUAACCUGGGAGUCUUAGUGGUCGAGCCGUAGCUCCAAGACUCCUUCAUAUCUCACCUGCACAAGAAUAUAGCCUACAGUGGUUCUUCUGACUCCAACGCCCCUCAUUGUCCAAAUUGCCAAUAAUAUUAAAAGGCCAAUGACUUUCCCAGCUUUUUAUGAUUUACUGAUAAGGAUUAAGAGUAAUGAUUUUAUUCAUUGACAUGACAUUUAGAAUCUAUAAAUCACACUUUCAAAAUAAGACUACCUCAUAUAUAUUUUUUCCAAGACCGCGGGAAGUCGGGAACCUUACUGUAGUUCUAAAAUAAUCAAAUAAAACAGUUGCUGAGGUGGUGAAUUAAACUGGGAAAUCUAUAGAUUUAUAGUUGUUUUGUCUUAUUUUUAAUCAAGUCAUUUUGAGGCCCCUUUAGAGGGCACUGGCCUCCGGGUUCAGAAAAACUGGUCUAAGAAGCACAUAAUGUCUAUAUUUUCACAAUUUUAGAAAUGUUCUGUUUCUGUACAGCUUUCAACAGAAAGGAGAAGAAAUGUGGCUUAUCUUAACAGUAUUGUAAUGAAUUUAUGAAAGAGUUUUAAAGUGCCCCUAUUAUGCCACUUUAAAGGUUCCUAAUAUUUUUUUGGGGGUCUCCCACAAUAUAUUUACAUACAUGCAAGGUCAAAAAAACUAAUUUUGCCACAAUUCUCAAACAAUUCGUUCAGAGCAGUUCUAAGAUUCAGUCUGUCUAAACCCCUCCUUGCUCAUUUCAGCUGUUAAGAGAUGAUUCUUUCUUUUGGGAGACAGUAACUGUCUUUAUAUAUCGUGCACUAUAGGCUUUACAACUUUAAAGAUAGUUUGCAAUCUUAUACAUCUUAUAAAUAAUGGCAUAAUAGGAACACUUUAAACUAUUGUCUCUACAUUCAAGGUUUUUGCUGUUAUAAAGAAUGUAAUAUUGUAACAUGAUGUUGUUCUGGCUAAACAACCUAGAAAAGGAAGACCAUAGAGAGCAAUUUAAAGUUUAAAUGGUGUCAACAUCACAUAAAAGUGUUUUAACAAAGGCCUGUGUAGUUGAGGUGUCAUGAAGAAACUUUGUAGCACAAACUACAGUAUGAGUAUCUUGUUCUUUGUAAAACUUGUCCAAGCAGCGAAGUACUUAUAUUGACUUAUUAACUCACAGGGACACAGAGUUCAUGGUUUUUCUACAACAGUCGUUAUGAUGAAAGAGAUGAGAUUGUAUUUUUUGGUGGCUAGUUGUGUUGUUGUAACCUUAUACCUCAUUUAGUUUUGGAGAGCUGUUUAAUGCCUAACCAGACAGGACAAAGGUUGUAUAGACAUUUCAAGGUUGAAAACACAUAUACUUGAAACUACUACUAGUUUUAUUUGAUUAGUGUGUGUGUGUGUGUGUGUGUGUGUAGAGGGCUUGUUAAAAUAGCACUGCCUUCCCUUUGUAUAUGCUUAUAGUAUUAUUGCAAAGUAACUUGAAUAUUGUCUUGUCCAUCAACACUUCUGUAUAUCUGUCCCACACCACAAAAAAACAUCACAUUAAAUUGACAUGAUCAACUUAAAAGGAAGCAUGAGUGUCUUUUGAGCCAUAUAUUGUAGCAAACAUCUAUUAAAAAAAAAAACUUC